GAAUGCGCGGCUGUGCUAUUUUCUUGCUACAUGGCUACGUGGUGCGUGGCAUGUUUAUGGGCGACUUGGUCAAGCUUGAGUGGGAGGGUAAGGCUGUCCAUCUGACACACAGCCGGAUAGCUACGUACAGUAUCUACAGGACAUCAGUGUGGCAUGACGGUUGUCUUGCAUGGGGAAAUUCCGCCCACCAUGUAGACUACCAGGUACAGUGUGACUGUUCUGAGACGUUUUAUGACUAUUUGGAUCUAAUCAGCCAGGCAGAGGGUUGGUGUAGAAGAAAUUGUCUUAUUAUUCUUAUUAUUAUUAUUACUAAACUUACUGAGUGUUGAAUGAGCGCAAUUGGCCUCGCUUUUUGUUACACUUCCAUCCACGCCCAUAUCCCAAUGCUCUCAUUCAACUCCCCACAUCUUUACACACACUUUUUUCAACUAAUUUAACUUUUGGAUAAAAACGUAUUGUUCCUGAAGUGAUCAUUAAACUUUGAAAUGAUCUCAAAAAGGCGCUUAAGUUAGCAAACACUCCUAUAAAAACUAUGAAAUGAAUAAUGCAUUAGCAUCUCGGAUUAAUCAGGCAGGCAAGAGGGUGUGGUUACAAGACAGCCGCCGGGGUGUCCCGGGGUAGGGGCGGUUCUGGUGUGUCUUCUUGUUAUUGUACGCGUGCGUGUGCGGUCCGUGAGGUCGUCCAGGUGGAUUAUGAGCAAGCAGGCUAACGGCAUGGCGAGCCUGGGCAAGGAGCACCUGUACAAGGUGUUGGUCAUAGGAGAUCUGGGCGUGGGCAAGACGUCCAUCAUCCGGCGCUACGUGCACCACAGCUACUCCACCAACUACCGAGCCACCAUCGGCGUGGACUUCGCUCUCAAGGUGCUCCACUGGGACACGGACACUGUCCGCCUGCAGCUGUGGGACAUAGCCGGUCAGGAACGUUUUGGCAACAUGACACGUGUCUAUUACCGCGAGGCCAUGGGCGCCUUCAUUGUGUUCGACGUGACGCGGCCCACCACCUUCGAGGCGGUGGUGAAGUGGAAAGAGGACCUGGACUCCAAACUGAUGCUGGCCAACGGCCGCAGCAUCGCCACCGUGCUGCUGGCCAACAAGUGCGACCAGGGCCGCGAGCUGGCCGGCAACGGACUCAAGAUGGAGCAGUUGUGCAAGGACCACGGCUUUGCGGGCUGGUUCGAGACCUCCGCCAGGGACAACCUCAACAUCAACGAGGCGGCCAACUUCCUGGUCAAGCACAUCAUGGCCACCGAGCACGACAUCCUGAGGACGUCUGUGCCCGACACCGUCUCACCGCGCCUCAACCAGCAGGGAGAGUCCAGCAGUUGCUCUGGCUGCUUCAAGUGAUGCGAGGAUGGAACGGAGCAGACACACCUGGAGGACCGCGAGGACCCAAGAGGGACGGACAGGAAGCCACUGGAUGACUCGAGACGUCUUCAGAUGUUCCUUGACUUAAAUGGGACGUUUCGUGGAGGUGCGACGUCUUCUCAAACAAUCUGUGGCAUUUUGCACAUCUUUUAUUUGGAAACCUGCAUUUUAACUUAUUCGCUCAUAACUGACUGUGUGUGUGUGCGUGUGUGUGUGUGUGUUCUCUACAUGAGUCAUUGUCUGUUUCCAUGGCAACUACAGUACACUCACUGGCCACCUCAUUAGUCUUCUGGCAUCUUCUAUGAUGACACGAAAGCUCAAAAUAUUAGACCCAGCCGUCAGUAUGAUACAGUACAAGCAUGAUCAUCCAUCCUUAAGCGGCAUAGAAAACGUCACAACUUUAAAAAAAAAGGGCAUCUAUGAAUGCACGUGCUUCGAAAGCUUCCUGAAUAGAUCCUCCAACAAUGCUCCAUUUACAUGUCCAUCAGUUAUUAUUAUUAUUAUCAACAUUGUUACUGACGUAGCGACACCUCGCCACACCACACCGGCUAGCUACUAGCCGGCUAGUGACUAUCUUUACCACACACACACACACACACAAUUAAAUUUAAGGUGAGACCAUUGCUCACAUCGGGGUGGUGAUUCAGGUGAUCCCUGAAUCGUUAGAUGGCCAAUGGGGUGGCCAGAGGGGUGGCUCCCCUCUAGCGUCCCCACUGCUUUAAACUUUCAACUGUUAGAUUAACAAUUAAUAACUGAGCAGGACAUGUUUUCAAUGCCUAUUUUCUGGAUUCUGCUCACCAUCAUGGUGGCCAUAUGGCUGAAAAAAUGUAUGUAUCAUCUCAAUUCCUCAUUUAUUUAUUGCACACUUGCAUAAACAAACUACACACUGCCUUACGUGGUCCGCGCUCACGUGCGCGACUGCAGUUCAGACCAACGUGCUCGUCAACAAGUUCAACUUUGUGGCUUUUAUUAGUUUAGCAAGUCUAAUGUGUCUUCAGGCUGAUCCUGGACCUGCAGGAUCUCAUUAGGAACCUGACUUAAUACCUGACUCUCUGUCUUAAUAAAAAUGUGGCCAAAGGAUGCAUUAACCAGCUUAAACGUCCUGGAUUCUUCCGUCUUGGGAUGGAUUAAGAGCCUAAAAAGAUGAGAAUCACACGCUCCGGCACUCUCCAAGUCCUUUACCUCAUUAGAACGCUUGGGUGACAUGACGUCAUCAAGACCGUUCUUAUCAUUCGUCCCGUGGCGCCCUCUGCCGGCAAUUUACUCGCACUGCAGACUGGAGAGUAUACAAAAUAAUAUAUAUUCGUUAUUUGGAUUUUUGUAAAAUACAUAUGUUAGGUUAAUUGGCGACUCCAAAUUGUCCUUAGGUAUGAAUGUGAGUGUGAAUGGUUGUUUGUCUAUAUGUGCCCUGUGAUUGGCUGGCCACCAGUCCAGGGUGUACCCCGCCUAUCGCCCGAAGACAGCUGGGAUAGGCUCCAGCACCCCCCGCGACCCUCGUGAGGAAAAGCGGUAGAAAAUGAAUGAAUAAUAUAAACAAAAUAACAGGUGUGUGUCAUACAUGUGUUUAUGUGUGUGUGUAAAAACUAUAUUAAUAUAAUUCAGUAUAUACUAAAUAUUUGGAUAUUUAUAUUUUUAUUGAAUAUAUAAUUUACAGUGUUUGCUUGAUUUAUUUAUUGUGGGGGGUGGGGGCGCACCCUCAACAAGAAAAAUACAUACAACCUAAUGAGCUAUCAGCUAUCGGGUCACUUAUUUUAAGAAACAACGUGUCCUUAACUUCUUUUGCCACUAAUCUUUAUCCAACGAACAAGACUUUUCCCAAAUGUACACACACGUACACACACGCCAAAAGGAAGAAGUGCAACCAUUUGAUCGGAUUGGGGACUUUAAUCUUGCCGUGUGAAAGAUUAGUCGACCUUUCGAACCCUAAAAAUGGCCAAACUUGCAAUUAAAGUCUCAUUCGUGUUGACAAGUGAAACGACGCAUUCACAUACCUGCAGAA